AUGUACCUGGUCUACUUCUCGUCUGCGGAGCAACCAGCGCGUUUUGCAACUGACAAGCGCGGCAAGUGGAAAAUCGAGAAGGAGGACGACCUCUCGUCGUUGCUCUUCUCCUCCACCACUCCCAUUCCAAUUUCGUCCCCACUGGCUACGACGUGCGCGGGGAUGAUCAACCCGUGCGGCGAGGGCAGUUGCUACAUGAACGGCAGAGUACUGCGUCCAGAGCCUCUCGCUGAAAAUCUGCUCUUGCACAUGUACAGGCUUAACCCAGGCGUCAACUGCAACAGCAAUCUUGCAGUGGGCUCAUACGUCUGUGUGGCACCAUCAGCACCUUCGACCACCAUCAGCUGCACGGGGUGGUACCGGGUGAUGCAGGGCUACACAUGCCCCUCCAUCUGGAAUGGAGCCAACCUCACCAUGUCCAUGUUCCUCUCCAUCAAGCCGGGUAUCCAGAUGAGCCAUCAACCGGGCAUCCAGGUAACUUCCCUGAAGCUUCCCAUACCGACCAUUGGCAUCCUUCAACGACCUCACACCACUCCGUCCACUUCCCCACCCUUCCCGGCCCUUCCUCCCUGCCUGCCCAGCUAG